AUGCAACCACUGAGGGAUGAGGAUAUUUUGAGUGCGUAUUUCGUGGUUCUUCCGUUGCGGGACGAGGGUGCCAUCUCUUUGGGUUUAUCAAAUCUGCCUGGUCUAUUUGCGGGGUCCCUGGUGCUCACCCUCAUUGCUGCGCCCUUUUCUUCUCUCAUAUUCUCUCUGCCUAACCUUUCCAAAGGCAAGGUUGCUUUGCUUAAUCUAAUUACAAUUUCUUCAACUUGGGCAAGGGUAAUUGAUGUGAUGGACAGUGAGGACCUACUUAACAUACUCCGAGUUCAGUCAGGUUCAAGAUUAUUCGGGUUUAUUGGUGCUGGUGCCACCCUUGGACAACUUUUUGGGUCAUUGUUUGCUAUUGGGAUGGCUUUUGUUGGCCCAUGUGAGUAUGCGGUUUCCCUAAUCGCCAGUGCAAAUAUUGAAUCUGUGGAAGAAGUGCAUACAUGUCAUUGGCCUCGUGCCUAG